UGAAUCGGCGGCCAAUCAGGAUGAAGAACUCGACCGCCGACCGUUUGAAGGCUGCGUUUGAAAGCGGCGGCGUGACAGCAGACAUAAAGCUCUAAACAGCACUGAAGGCACUUUGGUUCUGCUAUAGUUUCAUUUUUAGGUCAGUUUUUAACAGCUAUUAUAUUUGCGACUCUUCAGCAGUAAAGGUGAUCAUUUAACCCCAUCAUAGGAGUGAGCGACAGCAAUAUGGACACCGCAGUAAAAAAGAGUAAUAAGGAAAACUCCAAGCCGGAGUCUGGACCAAAAAAAACAGAGUCCAGAAAUUUAAUAUCUAAGCAGCAGCAGCUGAGGAGACCUGCACCGCUGCGGUCCAAAAAUGACCCGAGGGAGGAAAAGGCCGGAGACACGGCCCAGUCUAAAGCGCCGGUUAAACCGGUCAAGAACAGCGAUUUAGAUCCCAUGCGGCGGAAAACCCUGAGUCAGGCCUUUCGCACCGAACAAACCCUGAGACACAGGAAACUGGUGCUGGAGACAGAGAAGCCUCCAUCGUCUGUCCCUCCGAAACCCCUCCUCCCUGGCACCUACAAGGGCAGAGUGGUACAAUCCAAAAUAGACUGCUUCAGGAAGCCGCCGAAUGGCCAGGAGAAGAACCUGACCAAAGCUGCGAUGGCGAUUCGGUCCAAAUCCACCACAGCGCUGUCUGCUUCCUCAAGAGCAGGAGUCCAGCGGAGUGUGCAGAGCAGAACGAAGUCCGGGUCAGACGCAAAGAUUAACGUGCAGAAGACGGUUCCUCAAAGACGGAUACAAACAAUAGGUCCAGCAAAGACAGCUGCUGUCUCCGCCAAGCCACCGACGGUCUCCGCCAAGCCACCGACGGUCUCCGCCAAGCCACCGACGGUCUCCGCCAAGCCACCGACGGUCUCCACCAAGCCACCGACGGUCUCCACCAAGCCACCGACGGUCUCCACCAAAAAAAAUACCAUCUCCGCCAAACCAUCUGUGAUCUCUAGAAAACCAGGUACAAUGUCCGCAAGACCACCAACAGUGACUUCAUUCAUCAAGAAGAAGGAACCAUUAAAACCUGCUGCAGUUGCAAGUGAGCAGAAAUCACAAAGGUCCAUCUCGAGCUCCAUCAGUCAGUACAGAGUCCGAGUGGAAUCCACCGAGGAGAGACGGGAAAAGUUAGCUGCAUGGUUGGCGUCGAAGGGGAAAACUCUGAAAAGACCGACGAUGACUCAGAAGUCUGCAUCUCAGACAUGUAACCCUCGACUCAGCACUGAAGAUGAAGCUCAGCCAGAAGCGAGUGAACAAGCUGAAGCGGUGCCUGUCAAUCAAACGGAACAGAGCGAGGUUCUUCAGAAUAAACCUGCCUUCUCCAGCAGCCCGAAUCACAUCCUCAAUAUCACACUGGACCUGCUGGACAACUCGGACAAGGAGCUGCCUGGAGAGCCGGACAUCAGGAUGGAAUCGCUGGUUAUAAACCUGUGUGAGAGAUUGGAGGCAAUGGAAACUCCGUCCUCGUGCAAGAGCGCAGACACGAAGGCUGGAGGAGGCGCAGAAGCCGAGGUGAAGGUAGAAGAAGAAAUGCCUGAGUACCAAAUUCUGGAGGAGGAAGAACUGAGAGAGGAGCCGAAGGCCACCACUGGAGUGGAGAAGAACGAGGAGGAUGGAGAGGAAGAGAAGAAACUGUGUGAAGGUGAUGAUGAAGAAGAGGAGAUGGACUCCAGUCCUGCAGAUGUUCUGGAUGCGUGUGUUGUGAAGUACAGUGUGAAAACAACUCCAUUUCUGCAGAGUGUGAGGAAGAGGAUGGAGGGUGAAAUGGCUAACGGUACUCCAGGAUCAUGCUGUAAAAGUUCCAUUAAAGAGCUGAAGUUUCUGACGCCGGUGCGCCGCUCGUCCCGGAUCCACAGGAACUCGUCCCGUCUGCCGGGCAUGCUGAACGAACACGACCCCUGUGUGUCCUCGCUGGCCGAGCUGGAGCUGAUGGACUCUCAUGCCUACGUCUACAGGAAGAACCCUGCGCUGCUGCAGCACCUCCCUGAUCAGCGCCCUGAAGCCCAGAGCUCAGAACACGCCUGCAAAUAAACACAGCCAGUCAUCAGCCCAGGAGGUGCACACACUUUAUCUACAGCUACAUGCAAAUACUGAACCUUAAGCUGUGGCAGGAAAGACAGUGGGCUUAUUUUAAUAUGUAAAUGUAUGAUUUUUCUAUCGGUUCGGUUACACCAGUAACAAAAGUAUAGAGGUGACUGAAGGCAAAAAGGUGAACGUUAUUAAUGAUGAAUGCUAGUAAUGCUACACUAAUAGGGUUUGGAGGUUUUUAUUAACUCAUCAUUUAAGUGUGUUUUACUUAACAAUGUUAAAUUAACCCCAGACAGAUAUCGUGGAAACUUAUAAAGUCAAAUG